GCGAGAGUUGAUAGGCGGAGGAGGAGCCGUCUCCGGCAGCCGCCUCACAGCGAUGGCGGCCGAGCAGGGCCGGCGGCGGUGGCGGCUGCGGCUACGGCUGGAGACGGCAGUGGAGGAACCAGUGGUGGGCGGCGGGGGCCUGUGACCAGGAGGCGCCCCCGGGCCUAGGCACCAUGAGCCAAGGCCCCCCUCCAGUGGAGAGCAGCGAGCCAGAAGCAAAGGUCCUCCACACCAAGCGGCUUUACCGGGCUGUGGUGGAGGCUGUGCAUCGGCUAGACCUCAUCCUUUGCAACAAAACUGCUUAUCAAGAAGUGUUCAAACCAGAGAACAUUAGCCUGAGGAACAAGUUGCGUGAGCUCUGUGUGAAGCUUAUGUUCUUGCAUCCGGUAGACUAUGGGAGGAAGGCUGAGGAGCUGCUGUGGAGAAAGGUAUACUAUGAAGUUAUCCAACUCAUCAAGACUAACAAAAAGCAUAUCCACAGCCGGAGCACCUUGGAAUGUGCCUACAGGACUCAUUUGGUCGCUGGCAUUGGCUUCUACCAGCAUCUCCUUCUCUAUAUCCAGUCCCACUACCAGCUUGAACUACAGUGCUGCAUUGACUGGACUCAUGUCACGGACCCCCUCAUAGGAUGCAAGAAGCCAGUAUCUGCUUCAGGAAAGGAGAUGGAUUGGGCACAGAUGGCAUGCCACCGAUGUCUGGUGUACCUGGGGGAUUUGUCACGUUAUCAGAAUGAAUUGGCUGGUGUGGACACUGAGCUGCUAGCUGAGAGAUUUUACUAUCAAGCCUUGUCAGUAGCUCCCCAGAUUGGAAUGCCCUUCAACCAGCUGGGCACCCUUGCAGGCAGCAAGUAUUACAAUGUGGAAGCCAUGUAUUGCUACUUGCGCUGCAUCCAGUCAGAGGUGUCCUUCGAGGGAGCCUAUGGGAACCUCAAGAGGCUGUAUGACAAAGCAACCAAAAUGUACCAUCAGCUGAAGAGGUCUGAGACUAGGAAGCUCUCCCCCAGCAAAAAGCGAUGUAAAGACAUUAAGAGGCUGUUGGUGAACUUCAUGUACCUACAAAGCCUGUUACAGCCCAAAAGCAGCUCCAUGGAUUCUGAGCUGACCUCACUUUGUCAGUCAGUCCUAGAGGAUUUCAACCUCUGUCUCUUCUACCUGCCCUCCUCACCCAACCUUGGCCUAACGAACGAGGAUGAGGAAGAAUGUGAAAGUGGAUAUGCUUACCUCCCUGACCUCCUCAUCUUUCAGAUGGCCAUCAUCUGCCUUAUGGGUGUGCACAGUUUAAAGAGAGCAGGAUCCAAGCAGUACAGUGCAGCCAUUGCCUUCACCCUGGCCCUCUUCUCCCACCUCAUUAAUCAUGUCAACAUACGGCUGCAGGCGGAGCUGGAAGAGGGCGAGAACCCUGUCUCGGCUUUCCAGAGUGAUGGCACAGAUGAACCAGAGUCAAAAGAACCACUAGAAAAGGAGGAGCCAGAGCCAGAGCCUGAGCCUGCUGUGGUGCCCCAAACUGAGGAGAGUAGAAAGAACCGUAAGCACUCCCGACUCUCUUGUCUUCGUCGCCGUCGCCGCCACCAUCCUCCUAAAGCUGGUGAUGACAGUGACCUGAGUGAAGGUUUUGAAUCAGACUCAAGCCAUGACUCUGCCCAGGCCAGUGACGGCUCCGACAGUGGCUCUGAUAAGAGCCUGGGAGGCAGGGGCACUGCAUUUGAUGCAGAGACAGACUCAGAGAUGAACAGCCAGGAGUCCCGGUCAGACCUGGAAGACAUGGAGGAUGAAGAGGGCACAAGGUCUCCAGCUCCGGAGCCUCCUCAGGCCAAAUCAGAGGUGCCUGAUUCCCUCAACGGCCCUCUGGGCCCCAGUGAGGCAAGCAUUGCCAGCAAUCUCCAGGCCAUGUCCACCCAGAUGUUCCAGACGAAGCGCUGCUUCCGACUAGCCCCCACUUUCAGCAACCUGCUCCUGCAGCCCACCACGGAACCCAACAGUGUGGCCAGUCACAGGUCUUGUGUCAACGGAGAUGUGGACAAGCCUUUAGAGCCAGCCUCUGAGGACGGCUCUGAGUCAGAGGGGAGCGAGUCCAGCAGCCGUUCCUGUCGCAAUGAGCGCAGCCUUCAGGAGAAGCUGCAGGCCCUGAUGGCUGAGGGCCUUCUUCCUGCUGUGAAGGUCUUCCUCGACUGGCUGCGGACCAAUCCCGACCUCAUCAUCGUCUGUGCGCAGAGCUCUCAAAGUUUGUGGAACCGCCUGUCUGUGUUGCUGAAUCUGUUGCCAGCAGCUGGUGAACUCCAGGAUUCUGGCCUGGCCCUGUGUCCUGAAGUCCAGGGUCUCCUUGAAGGCUGUGAGCUGCCUGACCUCCCUGCCAGCCUGCUGCUCCCAGAGGAUAUGGCACUGCGGAACCUACCUCCUCUCCGAACUGCUCAUAAGCGCUUUAACUUCGAUGCAGAUCGGCCCCUGCUCAGUGCUUUAGAGGAGUCGGUGGUGCGCAUCUGCUACAUCCGCAGCUUCGGGCACUUUGUUGCACGACUACAAGGCAGCAUCCUGCAGUUCAAUCCAGAGGUCGGCAUCUUCGUCAGCAUCGCUCAGUCUGAGCAAGAGAGCUUGCUACAGCAGGCUCAGGCCCAGUUCCGUAUGGCAGAGGAGGAGGCUCGGCGGAACAGACUCAUGAGAGACAUGGCUCAGCUACGAUUACAGCUCGAGGUCUCCCAGCUGGAAGGGAGCCUGCAGCAGCCCAAGGCGCAGUCAGCCAUGUCUCCCUACCUCAUCCCUGACACCCAGGCCCUCUGCUACCACCUCCCUCUCAUCCGCCAGCUGGCUACAAGUGGCCGCUUUAUCAUCAUCAUUCCAAGGACAGUGAUUGACGGCCUGGAUUUGCUGAAGAAGGAGCAGCCAGGGGCCCGGGAUGGGAUCCGGUACCUGGAGGCAGAGUUUAAAAAAGGAAACAGAUACAUUCGCUGCCAGAAGGAGGUGGGAAAGAGCUUUGAGCGGCACAAACUGAAGAGGCAGGAUGCAGAUGCCUGGACUCUCUAUAAGAUUCUGGACAGCUGCAGACAGCUAACUCUGGCCCAAGGGGCAGGGGAGGAGGACCCGAGUGGCAUGGUGACCAUCAUCACAGGCCUUCAUUUGGACAACCCCAGUGUACUCUCUGGGCCCAUGCAGGCUGCGCUGCAGGCCGCUGCCCAGGCCAGUGUGGAUGUCAGGAAUGUUCUGGACUUCUACAAGCAGUGGAAGGAGAUGGGCUGAGAGGCACAGGCCCUGCAGUGGGGCUGACUCCAGAUCCCUGUUCUCUCUGCAACCAGGACCUCCACCUGUAGUCACCCACCACACGCAGACUCAAGCAGGCCAACAGGAAGGCAGGCCAGCUGCACUGAGGCUGCGGGGAGGGCCCGGGAGCCAGCUGGGAGGAUGGGGCCGUGUUGCUAAGGCGAAAUCAGGGAGGUGAGGAGGGCUUGGAGCAGGAGUGGCUUGAGGACCCCUGGCCAGCCUUCCACGGCAACCCCUGUGUCCCCCCCAGGGUGGGGCUGGCACGGGCCUGCAUUUCACUGGAGCAGUUCCUGGACUUUGAGAGGAAAGGACACCAGAAGGCCCUGUUCUCACACAAGAUACAGGGUGGGUGGGGCUGCGGGUCUGGGCCCCUAGCUCUCAGGAAAGUGUUGGGAGAUACUGAGUGUGGGCAUAGUUCUCUGCAGACCCUGCCCAUCCUCAAGAACCUUCCCCCUUUUCUCCCAUGGGGGACAGGGCAGCUCUUUAGCCAGCUGUGGUGGCUCUUAGGGAAGCAGGGCCUGAAAUGGCCUACACCGGAGCAGGGGCUGCACACUCCAAGGCCCCACUUCCUUUCUGCUGCUGCCCAGCUUCCAGGCCCACUUAGGAUGUGGGCUGGCUGGCUAUAUGCCAGUGGUCAUCCCUUCCCCACCAGUUCCACAGUCACUGUGCUUGGUGCUCUUGGCCGCUGUGCUGAGGUAAGGGGUGCCAAGGAAGGAGUGAGGGCCAAGGCCACCCCUCUCACCAUCCAGGGAGAGCUGGAGGAAGGGUGGCAGAGAAGCAAGAUCCCUGGAAGCUGCUUACUCGGGGCCUCUGCCCUGAACUACCCUCCUUUGCCCAUCCCCAGAACUAGAGCCCUGGUGGGCUAAGCAUGGGCUGGCUUUUGGAGUGUCAGUGACACAGGAGCAGAGAUCAUGAAUAGCUCAGGGUCGGACUGGUGCCCUGAGAGCACAGAGCUUAGGGGAGGCUCUGGCCAUGGCUACCCCAGGUCCACCCUUCAGCCUGGAAGCUGAGCACAGCUGGGGCUGGGAUCUUUUCUGCUCCCCCUCCUUACCCCAACUGGCCUAGCUGCUUUGGCUGUGCUUAGAGGAGCUGGCUUCCUGCCUUCCACUAAGACAGAGGGGCUGGGAAAACCAGGGGACAGUUGGGGUUAUCCCAUUUCCAAUUCUGGCAGACUUGAGACUCAAGCAUCACUUAAUAAAGACCCCUCCCCCAAGCCCA